UCCUCGUGAGGGGAAUAUAAUUUGAGGUUAAAGAUGUAGGUUUGAGUCAGGAUUAGAACUGAGAAAGAGUAAGAGGAUACAGAUAUAUAUCUAUGAAAAGGGCUUACAAAACACGUGUGUGUCUGUGUAUCCGUGUGUGUGUGUCUGUGUGUGUGUGUAAGAGAGAGCGUCACACUCACCACACACUUGUUUCUACCGUAUGGGAGAUCAGCAGAUAAAAUUCUGCCUCUGAAUCAACAGCUCUGUUCUGUUUCACGGCAAAAUUUUUUUUCUCCGUACUCUUCACCCUGGACACUGAGCUAAUUCCCACCCUGAGGUGUCAUCAUGUCCACCGACCCCGCGGUCGAGCUGCCUUUCUUCUACGGCAGCAUCAGCCGCUCUGAGGCCGAGCAGCACCUGAAGUUGGCCGGGAUGUCCGACGGCCUCUUCCUGCUCCGACAGUGUCUGCGCAGUCUGGGAGGCUACGUCCUGUCCCUGGUGUGGAACCUGGAGUUCCACCACUAUCCCAUAGAGAAGCAGAUGAACGGGACUUACUGCUUCACAGGAGGGGUGCCUCACUGUGGGCCUGCAGAGCUGUGUGAGUUCUACAGUAAAGACCCUGAUGGACUGGUGUGCACUCUGACCAAACCCUGCCUGAGGACCCCCGACACCCCCAUUAAGACUGGUGUGUUUGACAGCCUGAGAGACAACAUGUUGAGGGAGUAUGUGAAGCAGACCUGGAACCUGGAGGGUGAAGCCAUGGAGCAGGCCAUUAUCAGUCAAGCUCCUCAGCUGGAGAAGCUGAUCGCUACAACAGCCCAUGAGAAGAUGCCCUGGUAUCAUGGUAAAAUAAGCCGCCAGGAAAGUGAGAGGCGUCUCUACUCUGGUGCACAGCCAGAUGGAAAGUUUCUAGUGAGAGAAAGAGACGAGCCUGGUACGUUUGCUCUGUCCAUGAUGUAUGGAAAGACAGUGUACCACUAUCAGAUCAGCCAGGAAAAAUCUGGGAAAUUUUCAAUGCCAGAGGGAACGAAGUUUGACACAGUCUGGCAGUUGGUGGAGUACCUGAAGAUGAAAGCUGAUGGUCUGGUGACUGUGCUCAGAGAAGCUUGUCUAAAUGGGAAACCAGUUGAAAAGACCCCGAGUAUACCAAACAGACCUGGACCUGGAUCAGGUGCGGGAAGAUACACACCGACACCUAGAGCCGGGCCUGUGCAACAGGAAGUUUUGCCCAUGGACUGCAGUGAGUUCAACCCGUACCAUGACCCCAACGACGUGAAGAGAUUCAACAUCAAGAGGAGUCAGCUGCUAAUAGAUGAAGUGGAGCUGGGAACUGGAAAUUUUGGCUGUGUCAAGAAGGGAGUCCUCAAGUCUGACACUGGUCAGGUAGACGUGGCCAUCAAAGUGCUCAAGAGCGACAACGAGAAGCUGGUGAAGGAGGAGAUGAUGAGGGAAGCUGAGAUCAUGUAUCAGCUGAGCAACCCCUACAUCGUCCGCAUGCUGGGUCUCUGCAAUGCUGAGAGUUUGAUGCUGGUCAUGGAGAUGGCCUCUGCUGGACCGCUCCACAAAUUCCUCAGCAAUAAUAAGGAUAAUGUGAGCACAGAGAACAUUGUCAACCUGUUGCAUCAGGUGUCCGUGGGAAUGAGGUAUCUGGAGGAGAAGAACUUUGUGCACAGAGAUUUAGCCGCUCGUAACGUCCUGCUGGUCAACAAACAGUAUGCAAAAAUCAGUGAUUUCGGCCUCUCUAAAGCCCUGGGAGCAAAUGACAGCUACUACAAGGCUCGCAGUGGAGGUAAAUGGCCGCUGAAAUGGUACGCUCCAGAGUGUAUCAGCUUCCACAAAUUCUCCAGUAAAAGUGAUGUGUGGAGUUUUGGUGUCACCAUGUGGGAAGCCUUUUCCUACGGAGGGAAGCCUUACAGGAAAUUGAAAGGACAAGAGGUGAUGGAAUUCCUCAAAUCCGGGAAGCGAAUGGACUGUCCCGCAGCAUGUCCUGAGAGAAUGUAUACGCUAAUGAAAGAGUGCUGGACCUACGAACACGAAAACCGCCCAGACUUCAAGAAGGUGGAGGCGUCCAUGAGGACGUACCAUUACUCCUUAUCAAACAAGGUCAACCUCGAGGUAGAGGCAGCGGCAGCGGCAGUGGCUUCGGAGUCUAACAAGUAGACAGAAACAAGCAUACAUUUUGUUCCAGCUGCUAAACAAAGCGUCCAUUCAACAGGCCAUUAAAGCAACACAACAAAGGGCUUUUUAUGAUCAGUGCACGCUGGCCAGUUUCCUCUGCAGUUCUGACACAGCUACGCAGGCCUCACUGCCAUGAAAUAUGCAUUUUUGCAUAUUGAUUUGUGCGUAUUGACCUUCUGUGUAAUAGCCAUGUAAAGAGGAUCUUUGUCUGUGGGCUGUGGUUUAAAUGCAAGUGUCAACGUCUUCACAUUGCUGGACAAACUACGUCUUUAUUCUGUUAUUAUUAUUAUUAUUUCUUUUCUUUUUUUGGAGGGAGAGCUGUUAGUUGUACAAGUUGUUCUCUGAGACCGUUCUCUAACUACCUACUGUAGAAGCAGUUUGUUUUAAGCAUCAGAAUAAAAUUAGUUUUUAUCCAGAACUGAUAGCUUUGGUACUGUGUAUGAAUGACAUUGACAUUUUUAACAUUUAACACAAUUUUUUUAUCAAAUAUUUAAAAUUGUCAAAAUUAAAACCAGACUACUUGAGA